AUGAUCGAUACAAGUAAUAAUAACAAUUCCCAUCAACGCCAUCAUCUUACUCGACGGAAAAGAAGAGUAGCACAACGACAACAGUUAACAACAUCAUUAUUAUCCUCUAAUGAUCUUCACACAUCAUCCAUAUUGAAUACUGAAUUAAAUUCUAAUCAUAAAAAAAUUUAUAUUCGUGAACAACCAAAAGAAUAUAUUUCAUUAAAAAAUCCUCUCGCAUGGACAAAAAAAUGGACGAAAUGGUUUUCACCAUGUGGUUCACAACGAUCAUCUCGUAAUGAUUUAAAUCUCGCAACUAUAUCAGUUGAGAAACGUAGUCGAACUAAAUCUGAAAAUGAUAUAUCAAAACGUGGUAGUAUCGAUCAGAAUGAAAAGAAAAAAUUACCAACUACAAAUUCAGGUUAUACUAUUGAUCAAAAUUCGAACGAAAAUCAAGACGAACCACGAUAUAAAACAUCUUUUCAUCAUCAAUCAAACGAAAAAGUUAAUAAUAUAAAUCCAGUUGUUUAUCGAAAUAAUACACGUCGUUAUUCAAAUACAUUUUUUAAUUCAGCACGUUACGGAGGACCUCGAACAUCGAUUGCUGUUAUACCAUCAUCAACAACAAUAAAUACUUUACAGCAAAAACAACCAUCACAUUUAAGUCGUUCGGUUGAUCGCCUUUCUAAUAAUAAAUCAAGUCGCCGAGAAUUACGUUAUGAAGAACAUGAUGAUUACAUUCCACCACUUAAUUCAAUUCAAUGUCAUCCAACAUUAGAUCAUUACGCGAAAAAUCUAAAUCAACCAACUUAUUUCACUUCGAAUCAUCGUCGUAGUCAGAUAGAAACCUAUCAACUAUCAUCAAUAAAUAAUCGUUUAGUAUUACCUAGACCUUAUUCAUCAAAUAUCCCAAUUUCAUACAGUCUUCAAGCCAUGCCAAAAAUAGUCGCGGAUAAUAAUAAUAAUAAUAAGAACAAAAAUAAUAAUAAUAAUAACAAUACGUAUGGAAAAUUAUCUGAAUGUCAUUCACCGUUGACUCCAUUAGAAAAUUCUUCAGUUAAAGCUCCACGUCGUAUUGAAUCAGCGUAUAGUCAAUUUCCAGUACAAGAACCUGUCUAUGCAAAUACUCAAUCUCUCUAUGAUAAUAUACUUUAUCCUCAAACAACAUCGAAAGUAUUAAAUAAAAUAGGUGAACAACAAAAAAAAUCUUGUGCAUCACAGACACAAUUAACAUGGACAAUGGCAACAUUUUCAUCAUUUGUUGAUUUAGAAAAUCAAUCAAUUAUUAUCCCACAACCCGAUCCAAAUACACUUUAUUCUGUUGUACAACAUUAUCAAUCACCAUUGACACGAUCAGCAUCAUCUGAACUUAUUGAACCACCGACACGUAUAUCAUCCGAUGCACGCUAUAUCGAUGAUACAAAUCCAUCAAAUCACUAUCAACGUCCACGUAGUCCAACAUCAUCGAAUGUAAUUACAGUUGAAAAACGUGAUGGGUCUUUUCAAACGCAUCUUUCAAUAGCACCAACACAGGAUAUUGAAUCAAAUAAACAUUUAUUUAUUCAUGAUUCAACUCCAUCACCAUUAUCAACUUCAUCAACAACAGGUGGCGGCACUACUAGUGGUCAACCAAAAUCUCAUCAUCAUCAUCAUCAUCAUCACCAUCGAAAACAUAAAUCACGUAGUAAUGGAGGUAGUGGUCAUAUUAGUACACGAGACGUUGGUCUACAAGUGAAUAUACAAACAGUGAAAAAAAUCACAAUUAUACCACAACGAAGUGAUGAAUCAUCAUUAGCAACAACAACAACAGCAUCAUCACCAUCACUUAUGAAAACUUCUCGUGAAUUAAAAAAUGUUGAAACAAAUACUGAACCAAUAGCAACAAAACGUGAUACAAGUACAUCAUAUGAUUCUAGUAUUCGUUUAGUAACAUCAUCAUCUCAAACAAUUGAUUCAUCAUCACCAUCAACUUCUAUGAAUUUUCAAACAAAAGCUGCUCAAACACCUAAUAAAACAUUACGUGAUCAAUCAAUUGAAACGAAUAAUCGCGGUUUAUUCGUAUGUGAUCUUAGUUCAUUAUUAAAAGGUAGUCAAGAUGAUUCACAAUCAUCAUCAACAUCAUCAUCAUUAACUACAAAACGAAAAACUUAA